AUGGCUCCCAACACCACCGCACCAACAGGCGCCGCAUCCGCACCAACACCCCCACUCGCCCGCAUGAAAUGGGACGACCUCGACGGGAUCCGCACCCUUCUUUUCGUCCUCUACAAGCGCUACACGUACUGGAACGCCACCCAGUACGCGCUGAUCAUCAACGCGAUUUGUCAGAGGCGCAUGCCAGCAAUGGGUCUCCCUAACGGCAUCGACAAUCACCGGAUCGGUGCGGAGUGGAGAGCUCGCAAGAACGCGAGUGUGAGGCAUAAGUGGAUUGUGGUGCGCUCGAGGGGAAAUGAGGCGGAGGCCAGGCAGAGAGAUUUCUGGGAGGCGAUUGUGAGGAUUGUGGCUCCGCAGGUGGAAUUGACGUUGCGGGAGGAGGUGGAGGAGGAGCAGGACGAUGAUGGUAGUGAUGUCGAGGAGGAUGGUGGUGGUGAUGAUGAGUUGACUGCUGAGGAGGCGGCGCGGGAGACGAGGGAGUUUCGGAGGAAAUUUGAGAGGAUGCAGGGUACUGGCGAGGACGAGGACGAUUAA